AUGGAGCACGGCGGAGGAGACUUGACGACGCGCGCGGCGACGGCGGCGCGCGCGGCGAAUUACGCGGCGCAGAUCGGGAUGGCGCUGCGACACGUGCACGAGAGGUGCGGGAUGGUGCACGGGGACGUGAAACCGGAGAAUGUGCUCGUGGACGAGGAUGGGAUGGUGAGACUGGGGGAUUUCGGGAGCGCGCGCGCGCGGAGCGACGAAGACGGGCGGGCGCGGGCGGGAGGCACGCCGUUGUACGCGCCGCCGGAGGUGUGCUCGGGCGAAGGGCGCGCGUGCUCGACGGCGGGAGACAUGUGGGGGUUGGGGUGCGUCAUGUACCAGCUCGCCGCGGGCGCGCCGCCGUUCGACGGCGGUGAUAAGGAAACGCUUCGAAGGAACAUCGUCGAGACGGAGCCUCCGGCGCUCGAGGGGGAGUUCGCCGGAGAGUACGACGAUGUCGUGCGGGCUUUGCUCGUCAAGGACCCGGCGCGGCGUUUGACCGCGGAGCAGUUUCUGUCUUUGCCGUACAUGCGGGAGCGCGUGUCGCGGAUUUUA